UAUAAUAAUAAGAUCUGCAUGAACAUUUAAUAAAGCAUGAGCAUAUUUCUUUUUCAGCAGAUAAAUAGAGCACAGCAUAUUGGGCUUACCAUGGAUGGAGAUUCUGGAAAUCACAAUGGCAGCAAUUAUGAUGAUUAUAGUGAAUAUGAACCUGAUCCUGCACCAGAGUUCUUCAACAUCACUGAUCACGCUACCAGCACACCAUCAAAUGAACACCUCAUGAAAAUAAUAGCCAUUUUGCUAUAUACCACAACGUUUGUGCUGGGUGUGUGUGGGAACGGGCUGGUCAUCUGGAUGACGGGCUUCAAGAUGAAGAGGACAGUCAACACCACCUGGUUCCUCAGCCUGGCCAUCGCUGACUUCAUAUUCUGUGUCUUUCUUCCCUUCAGUAUCGUGCAUGCAGCCUACGACUUCCACUGGCACUUUGGACUGGUCAUGUGCAAGAUGAACUCAUUUAUAAUGUGCCUCAACAUGUUUGCCAGUGUCUUCAUCCUAACUAUCAUCAGCAUUGACCGCUGUCUUUCAGUUGUGUUGCCAGUUUGGUCGCAGAAUAACCGCACAGCAAGGAGGGCUGGUGGACUUGUUGUGACUGCAUGGCUUGCAUCUGCCCUGUUAAGCACCCCCUCACUAGUGUUGCGGGACAUCCAUGUGGAAAAUGAGAAAAUCAUUUGCUUCAACAAUUACAAUUUGACUGCAGACACAUCGCAGGCUGUAAACAAGUACCACAAAGCUGUCGUCUUCACCAGAUUCUUUUUCGGUUUCCUCCUUCCUGUCAUUGUCAUAGUCAUCUGUUACAGCAUCAUCGUCAGGAACCUGAAAAAGAACCGCCUGGCCAAAUCAUCCAAGCCAUUUAAAAUCAUUGCCAGCAUCAUCAUCACAUUCUUCAUCUGCUGGGUGCCCUAUCAUGUGUUCAAUAUCCUGGAGCUAAACCAUCGAGAAAUACCGCACUCGGCGCUCCAUCAUGGGAUUCCGAUCGCUACUGGCCUUCUCACUGCAAACAGCUUCCUAAACCCUGUCCUCUAUGUGUUCAUGGGAAAGGACUUCAAGAAAACAUUCAAGCUGUCGGUCCUCUCCAGGCUGGAAAAUGCAUUAUGUGAGGACACACGCACCACAAGCAAACACAAUUCAGGAAUGAGAUCUGAACUGGAGAGAUCUUCAACAGCCAUUUGAAAAGGUACAUGACAGAUCACCCGUUAAUACGGCUAAAUCAGUAAUAGCCGUGUGUGCCUUUUCUCUUUCUACACAGUGUAUUAACAGAUACACAAUCCAUAUUAAUAGCAGAGUAUGAAGGAUCUGCAUUCCUUCCCCUGUUAAAACGGCACAGACAUUGUUUAUAUUUCUGACAUUGUAAAUAAUAACAAAAGUGUCAUUUCUUACCUGUGUUUUGAAUCGGGGAUCUGGGUAGCUGAGUUCUUCCUGUAAAAAGGAAAAUGCAUCAGGUUAGUUUAAAAAACAAAGCGUGGCUGUUGGAUGUUGAGCAGGGUAUCCUCAGGGAGAGGUGCACGUUUCCCUGAUGAUAUUAUGCAGAUAAUGUCAACCCGUAAAGAAAAUAUUGCACCAGUAGUUUUAAAAUAUAAUGAACUAAUUAACUACCUGGAUGAAUCUAUCCCUAUCAAAAAUAAACAGUAAUUGCAGAUUAUAGUGUUAUAUAUUAUGGUUGUGCUAUAUUAAUAUUAUUUUUUGUCAACUAAAAGUUAGAAAACUUCCAGUGUGUGUGUGUGUGUGUGUGCCUGCAUCCGGUGUGGCCCGCGUGUUCCUAGGUGCUA